CAACUUAUUACAAGUAAACGACAAAGAGAGAGAGAAGUGUUCAGGUGUGGCCAGUCUCACGCUCUUAUCGUGAGCUCUUCUUUACCUCCUGAUUCUCACAUUCUCGUCCCAUUGUUUUCUCUUUACCUUGGUAGGAGAAUGGCUACAGCUACAUAUCUGCCUCCUCCGUUUUACAAAGAUCACUCUGAAAACCGUAGUUAUGUUCCUGAACCUCCGUCUUCUAUUGAAGGAACCUACGUUUGUUUCGGUGGAAAUUAUAUUGUGACGGUUCACUCUUUAACAUUUCAUCUUAUCAAAUUUUCAGAGGAUGUUCUUCCAAACUUAGAAGAGCAAGGAGUGGUGCCACAGAUUUAUCCCAAAGAUUCAAACGUUGAUUACAAGAAGGAACUCCGGUCUCUGAAUAGAGAGCUACAACUACAUGUAUUAGAGCUUGCUGAUGUUCUCGUUGAGAGGCCUUCUCAAUAUGCAAAGAGAAUUGGUGACAUCUCUUCAAUCUUCAAGAACUUGCAUCACCUUCUCGAUUCACUGAGGCCUCAACAGGCGAGAGCAACGCUUAUUCACAUUAUGGAACUUCAGUUUCAACAGCGGAAGCAAGCUGUGGAGGACAUUAAAAGGAGGAGAGAAGUACAGCGACUUCUAAAGGAUGCUUUCAUCACUUUAGAUGGACAAUAGAGUUUUUUACCCACAUACUUCUCUGAUUGCGACCUUCCCAGCUUAUUUGACCAAGACUUAAGUAGAUACAAUGUACCAGGAUUGUAUUAUCCCAGAAUUAACCGCUAAUUUGUUGAGAAAAAAUUUGAAUAAACCGGUUAUAUAAUACUCCCAGUAUGAAUCAGAUACAGUAAAACCUCUAUAAAUUAAU